GAAGUCACUGAAUGGAGUGGAGGGGUUAAAGAUAAGAAUGUCAUGCCAACGCCGGUUGUCACGGCAACUGGUAUAAACAACAACAACAGGAGUUUGACUGAUGAAGUGAAUACGGAUUUUGACCAAAAAGAAUAACACGAGACCUCUAAUGAUGAGCUCAAAAUUAGAUGAUCUCCCUCUUGAAGAGAGACUAUCAGAUGCAGCCAGCAUUCCAAACAAAACUAAAGCAGACCUCUUAAAGAUCAUCAACCCCACCAGGAAAACUCUAUCGUCUUGGGAAUCAAAGCUCAUUUUAGGGGUACUAGAUGAGUGCAUUAAUCAGAUGGAGAUAGCCUCCCUUUUACGCACUUUGCUGAACUGUCCAGAAGCUCUUUCCCCGAGCCUGGGAAAGGAGGUGGUGAGCGCCCUGAAAGAGCAUCAUAGACUUGAAGAAAAGUACCAAGCUAUGGUUCUUGAUGUGAGUCUUGAACAAAAGGAACAACUAGCCAAAUCAGCAAAAGCAAUUCAGGAUUCCUUUCGUAACAUUGUCCGGCUAAUUAGGGGAACUCAGACCACAAGAGAGGUGCUAAAACCAAUAGAACCUAACACAGGGGGAGAGAUGGGGCUUCAGAAUUUGAAAGAUGGCCUGUGCAAGUUCAGGGAGGUCGUUUUGGAGAGGCUCCUCAGAACCCCUACGGAGGAGAGAGAACACGGAGAGAUGAUUCUGAAAGUCAGUCUACGUCACUCUGCCAACCAGGCAGUGAUGGACUCACUGGACAAAGAGAUUGCAAUGGCAAUAAAAGCCAAGGAGACAGAGAUCUCCAUGUUGAAUAAUAAAGUGCAGCAGCUGAGGAGCUCACUGCAUCAGAUGGAAAAGAGUUUGGAAGAGUCUGUUGUCCGAACUCAGCAGGACGCUGAGAAACAGAGCCAAUCAGAAAAGAAAACUUCAGAGGGGAAGAGAGCUCGUAUGCAGCAGGAGGCCAAUCAACUGAGAGCUCAGUUAAAUAAUGUGAUUUCAGAAAACAGAGAGAGCGAAAUGAAACUACGAAAGAAAAAAUACAAGGAAGAAACAGAGAUAGAGAACUUGAUCCAGAAAUAUGAUGCUGAAAUGGGGGAGAAACAGACAGAGUUGGAGGAAAUUACUUGCAUGCACGAGAAAGAUGAGACAGAGCUGACAGGGCUGGAGGAACUUUUUGCAGCAAUGAACCUGGAGUACUCCCAGAUUAUGAAGGAGCGACAGGAGGCUCAGGAGAAGAGGAGACAGCAAGAAAAAGAAAGAGAGAUACAGAGCCAAGCGGCCACUAUCAUUCAGGCCCACUGGAGAGGCUUUUGUGUGCGCAAAGCCAUGAAGGCCAGCGCAAAGCCCAAAAAAGGAAAGAAAGGAAAGGGUAAAAAACAAAAAUAAAAGAAAACUACAAACAAAAGCACAGUGCAAGAUAAUCACUGUUAUUACUCUUAUGUUAUUAGAUAAAUAAAAUCAAUAAAGCCCACUAUGACUGAGACUCAUGAAGCAUUCAGAAGUGUUCACAUUCAUCUUUUGUUAAUACUUUUACCCACAAUUUUGUAUGUAGGCCACUUUGAUUUCAGAAUGAAAACACCUAUUGUUU